UCGUCUGUCUGUGGGGUGUGUGGUCUGUGAGGGUGUCUGUGUGUGUGUGGCGGCUGUGUCACCUCCCCCCAUCAUACCACGUCGGUGUGGUCGGUGUGUGUGUCUGUGUGUGUGUGGCGACUCUCUUAUCACUCACAGCAGCAAGCGGCAGCAGCACCCUCUCGCUCACUCACGGCACCAGCUAUCUCUCUGACUCACUGCCCUCCUCCGAAGACGCCCGCGAUGGCCUUGCCGAUGGUCUCGACGCCCUCCUUGAUGCAGCUGAGUGCCGCCCAGCUCCUCAUGGAGAGAUCCUGGCGGGCCGAUCGCACCUCCCAGAGACCUGGGUAGGCGGCGCUGGGUUGCCACCAUUCCCGCUCCUCCGUGAACGGGUUCCACACCCAUCCCGUCUGCACGUGGUGCCCCCCCACGCUGACCAGCUUGGGUGCCCCCGCCGUGAAGGGGAUGUGGUGCGCCGGGAUCGGGACGCCGUGCGGCCCGAAGAUGACCGGCAGGGAAGGCACUGGCCGAGCAGCUGCAGCAGGUGGUGGUGGUGGUGGUGUGGACGGAUGUGCUGGCGGUGGUGACGGUGUGGUCGUGUCUGGCGGUGCGUCUGGGGCGGGGGGUGGCAGGUCGUCCUCAUCGUCUUCCUCACCGACGUCUACGCAAUCGCCAGCUGAGCGAGGGAGGGGCGGUGCGAUGCAAGGGAAAUGGGGCUGUGGGGCCGUGCAGUGGGGCUGACUGGUGGGGGCGGGCUCCUCACUCUCGUCCUCGUCGUUGCCCACAUCUACACAGUCCCCGUCUGGCGUGGGAGGCGGGAGGGAUGCCGGGAUGGCCAGGCGGUGGGGCGCCUUGGCGGGGUGGUGGGGCGGGAUGGUGCUGCGGCUCAGGGAUGGCUGCUGCGGCGUGGCCGCGACCCUCUGCACCUCCUGCUUCCUCGGGGCGACGAAGGCGGUGCCGUUCUUGACGGCGUCGAGCACCUCUGGAGACUGCAGGAAUGCCAGUACGGCCUCCAGCGAGUCCCGGAUCUCCUUGAGAGUGCUCCUCCUCGACUGGUCGGCCACCAGGCCGCCCCGCUCCUCUCUUGUCUGGCCGGGCUGGUCCUCCAAAGUCGUGUAUGCGAUCGCGGUGAGCCUCCUCCUCCACUCGGUCAGCCACUCCACGCCCUGCUCGUUGCCCAGGUACCACAGCCCCUGGUCGAUGUGGUGGCCGCAGCCCUCUGGCGGGAAUGAGGGGAGGCCGACCAUGGGGUGGUUGGGGUCGGUGAUGACCAGGGCGCCCUCGCGCGUGAAGUCCUCCCAGUUGCUCAGCAGAGUCGCCUCCGCCUCUUCCUGGGCUUGUCUGGGACGCAGCUUCUCGCCCGUCCUCAACUCCCUCUCGCCCAUGAUAAACCUUUUGAGAUUGUCCAGCCUGUCGAGCAGUGACCGCCCGCGCGCCGCGGCGUAGAUGAGCAUGCAGAAAGACCACGCGAGGGUCGGCUCGCCCAGCCACACGUCUCCCUCCCCCGACGACGGCCCUGAGAGGACGGCCUGCACCUCCGGCGGCGUGAAAGUGGCGGUGCCGGUGGGCAGCUGCUUCUGCUUCCUCCGCUCCUCGAAGUCGGUGGACACGAGGACGGCGAACGGGCCGAGAUGGUCUGGGGGUGGGAUGGAGUGCUCGGCCCUGGCCUUGGCGACUAUGACAUUGACCAAGUCGAUGGCCUUGGCGCGCUGCUCGUCGCCGCCAUCUGCUGCCACCGCUGCCGAUGCUGCUGAUGCUGAGGGUGUUGGGGAUUCUAGGGCGGCUCGGGGGAGCAUGAUGUUGUUGCAGAACCCGUCAAGGUGGAGCAUGCCCAGGGAGUAUGCCGCCUCGUGGGCCUCCAGGACGAGGAGAAGGGCGCGUGUGAUGAUGAUGGUCUCACGCCAGAGUUCCGCCCUCGCCUCUGGGGUGUUGCCCUCCUUGGCAAAUGCAAAUGCCUCGCAGGCGUCGACCACGUUGUGCUUGGUCUCGCCCUUGCUGCCAGGCCUCGCCGGGCGCCAGCCAAAAAACACACUCAACUCUACCCACUUGUCCUCUGCACACCCAACACCAACACACACCCGAGCACGAGAGCAGAGGUAUGGUCGUUGUCUUCUAGAAGGACCGACACUCUCUGUGUGCCGUGCAGUGCAGCCCACCCACCCACUCACCGCUAAGCAGUGGACUCGCUAUGCACAGGGCUUCCCUCCUACUGCCGUCGGCGCCGGUGACGAUGGCGGGGUUCUGUGGGUCGGUGUCGGAGGCCAGCAGGUGGAGGAAGGGAUAGCGGCCGGCCGCUUGCCGCAUUCGCUCCUCCUCGACCUCGAAUUCCCUCUCCUUCUUGGCCCACGCUGGGUCCGCCGGGUCGCCGACGAACGCCAUCUUGACGGCCGCCUCGUGCUCACGCCCUCCCUGCUGCAGCCGGGCUGCCCUGACGACGCCCGUCACCCCCUCGCCAACGAUGGCGGCUUCCCCUCCCUCAAACACCGCCCUACUGCUGCUGCUGCUGAACCGGAUGCUGCUACUACUGCUACUGCUGCUGCUGCUGGUCGCCAUGUUGUUGCUGUGGUGCUGCUGGCGACGGUAUUGCGAUGGGCACGGCUGGCCAGGGGACGGCUGCGCCUGAUCCGCGCCGACGGGUCGUAGACUUUGGUCGUGGGUGCUGGUGCUGCUGCUGGGCAUGUGUGCUCUCUUCUGCGCGAGGACCUUUUCUCGUCGACGCCUUUUCUCGCCAUGAAUAUCUCGCCGCGCUUAUCCAUGGGUUCCUUGCUGUCUGCAUGAAAUCCAUCCAUCCAUUCAUCCGGUGUGACGGACACGGCUGGGUGGAGGCGCCGCAGACAGCGGAGAUGCUGGCGGCACAAUUCAUUCAAGACCCUUCCAUUGGCAAAAGAAUGUCAAACAACCCAUAGUGCCGUCACACUCAGCCGUGGUAACACAACACACACCACGAGGCACAUAGCAGGUCCGCACCCGAGGCCAUCCCGUCCUCCUAUCUCUCCAUGUGCCUUAUUCGGGUCAGGUUUCCUCCUCUACAUGCCCGUGGUCUCUCGCCACCUUGCAUCUUCCCUCGACAACGACAGAUCAAGCUCAGGACGGAGAGACAGAGAGAGAGAGAGGGAGAGAGAGGGAGAGAGAAAGAGAGAAAGGGAGAGACAGAGAGAGAGAGAGAGAGAGAGGGAGAGAGAGAGAGAAAGAGAGGGAGGGAGGGAGAGACAGAGGGAGGGAGAGAGGGAGGGAGAGACAGAGGCAGGAAGAGACAAAGGAGGGAGGGAAAGAGGAUAGACCGUUUGAUGCUGCCGUCGUUGACGAAAGAAAUUGCGGCUGUGGGUGCAUGGAGGGGCUGUCUCGUGUGUGUUGUUGAUGAUGUGAGUCUUGGAUUUGGGCGUGUCGCUACUCCUCGUUGGAUGGAUGGAGGAUGGCUUCUGCGUUGUUCGACAGCCCGAUCAGCGACGCUCAGAUGUCUGUGCGUGUGUGUGCAGAGAGGGGUCAUCUGGCCAGUGCGAA